AUGAACGGGCAGAAUAUGCCGUGCUUACUGGCAGCAGAUGGCAAGAUCCCUGCUUACUGCGAGGAGAAAGCGCCCGGGCGGCUGAAGCACCGGAGCCUCCGCCGCAAGCGCCAUGCCUUGCAGCGCAGGCAGUUAACGGAGUUUCGCCCAGAAUUGCCUGGCUUGCUGCUCCUUCUCAUCGACCAGAUCCACACGGUGCCGCGACGCAUCAUGAACGGGAUCGUGCCGCAUCUUCAGGCGAUUUAUGGAGACAAGUGGAUUUUUGAGGCGUUCCACCUUCAGGAACAAGCCCUCGAGACCACUCUUGGUUCAGACUACCGUAGGCCGCUUGAGCAAGAAGUGGUGGAUCCAACGCAGGAGCACUUGCGCCGGAGGCUGCGCUUGCUCUCGGGAACUCUUCACUUGAAGGUGAGGAGGAUCUGGGCUGACGUACGGAGUUCUGAAGACGAGAGGCUGGAGGAGAUUCGAGCCAAGGUGCACAGCACCUUGCAAACGUUUGAGGCCGUCUUUUUGGAUCUGGAACCCUGGAUAUCCCUGGCCAUCUCCCUGCUGGGACGGCGCCCGGUGUGGGACGGCCUUGCUUCCGCCUUGCAGAUUCUACAAACAGAUCGGGGAGCGCGUUCCGAGGAUGAGCUCGAGGAGGUGAUGCCCAGUGCCACAGUCACGGCCGACGUGGAACUGCAGGGCGCCAGGCCUUACGAGGCCACGUAG